AUGGGUGUGGGCGUGAGCCUGGGUUUAUACGCUAAUGGGUUCCUUUGCACAAGUCUGAUGUUGGACGAAUGUGCUGACGCAGACGUGGGUGACCACGUUGGUACAGAUGUGGGUGCCAACAUGGGAGCUACCCUCAGUCUUCUGGAGGUCACCCACGACCCACCCUCGAAGUCACCCACGACCCACCCUCGAAGUUAUCCACGACCCACCCUCGAAGUUACCCGCGACUCACCCUCGAAGUCACCCAAUUCCCAUCCUCGAAGUCACCCAAUUCCCAUCCUCGAAGUCACCCACGACCCACCCUCGAAGUCACCCAAUUCCCAUCCUCGAAGUCACCCACGACCCACCCUCGAAGUCACCCACGACCCACCCUCGAAGUCACCCACGACCCACCCUCGAAAUCACCCACGACUCACCCUCGAAGUUACCCACGACCCACCCUCGAAGUCACCCACGACUCACCCUCGAAGUUACCCACGACCCACCCUCGAAGUCACCCACGACCCACCAUCGAAGUCACCCACGACCCACCGUCAAAAUAGACACCUAAAACAGGAACUGAACUCGGAAUGA